AAAGCGCACAGUCUUUACGAAAAGAGCAUCUGACUGAGUGAGGCGCUAUAAUAGCCUGCAUACGAAAUAGAAAAUUAUUAUACUUCAAAACAAUUAACGUUAUUACAAUGAUGAAAGCGAAUAUACUGAUUGUAUUAACGCUGUCCUUUGCUGGAUACAGUUUACAGCAGCCAAGUAUGAAGACCGUAUCAAUACGUUCUAGAGAAUAUGAAACUAUACACGACAUAAAAAUUACCGAUAAUGAAAUCCACAAAAUACAAAAUUGUGGAAAUACAGAAUUUGUCAAUUUAAGCGAAAUGUAUCUACGAAAUAUUCAAAAUAAUGUUAUUCAAAGUGACGCAAUCCGUCACGUAUCUUUACACCAUAAUUUUUUCAAAAAAAUUCCUCAAAACAUCUUGAAUUACGUGACAUAUUUAUCUUGUUUUAAUCUGUCACGUAACAGUAUUAAUCUCUACAAGAAUAAUCAAAUUCAGCAUCCGUAUCUUCAAAUAUUGGACUUAAGUUAUCAGACGACAUCAGACGUAAAUGCAAUACCACAAACGGAAACCUUCGAUGAAGAAACGGAAGAUAUGUAUAAAUAUAUGACAUUCGAUAGCACGAACAUAAAAUUACCAAAUUUACAAUAUCUCGAUUUAAGUGGAAACGACAUUUCCACUUUGUUAUGGGGUUUUAAUAAGUCUUUUCCAAAAUUAGUACGUUUAGAUUUAGUAAAUAUCAAUGCGCAAGAAUUAGACCCGCACUUUUUUUACAAAAUCCCAUCAUCUUUGCGCGUUCUUCAUUUGGAGAACAAUCAUCUCCGCAAUUUGAUGCUACAGAACGUAGCAGAAAUUUCAACUUUAUAUUUGAAUGGAAAUCCUUUAGAAAAACUUAAUAUAAAUUCUACGACAUUAAGAACUUUAUCAUUAUCUAAUUGCACGAAACUAAGUGCGGCAUUUUUCGAUACGCCAUAUUUAGAAAUACUUGAUUUAUCAAGAAAUAAUUUGAAUAAUGACAUUGGCGUUCAUUACGAAAUGUUUCGUGCAUUACGCGUACUUUUAUUAGAUUAUAAUAAAUUUUCAUAUAUUCCUACUCUAAAUAAUGUUCAGUGGGUCAAGGAAUUGUCGUUAUGUUAUAAUAUGAUCAAACACAUUAGUCCAAACAGCUUUAAAUAUUUAACAUCCUUGAAUAAGUUGUCGUUAAAAGGAAAUAGAAUAGAUAAUCUUGAAAGAGAAACCUUUUCAGGUCUGGAUAAAUUGGAGUAUUUAGAUUUAUCGGAAAACCAAUUAAAUCAUUUGCCUACUGACUGGGCGUCACCGUUAAAAAAUCUCAAAUAUUUAAAUGUAAAUUCGAAUCAGUUUGCAAGUAUUUCCGAAAUGGGAAUAUAUUCAAUAAUUUCAUUAAAUCAUUUAUUUGUAAAAAAUAAUACUUUUACUAAGAUAACAACCUUAGAAAUUGAACCGUUACCCGAUUUUAUUACCAUAUUCUUAGUUUAAUAUGAUUCAGUUUUAACGCUAUACUGAUUACUAUUUUGCGACUUCAUUAUUUUAAUUAUUAAGCGUUUGUUUAACGUGCAUUUAGUAUUCCACAUUUCCACAUAUAUGUAUAACAUCUCUCUAAUUUUUAUAAGUCUAUCAUGUAAGGCGUAAAAAUAAUUUAUUACGCCAUAAUUCUUAGUUAUAACUCCGACAUAUUUUUUUUCAAAUACAUUGUAUUCAAA